AACAAGCUCGUAGUAAACAUAUUUUCCGGCAAAAUUUCCUUUAAUUAACUGUACAAAACAUCAUCAAGCUGGGUAUUUCAAAACGAACGAGUAUGCCGAUCGCAUCGGAAGUAGAUUUGGCGGAAGUUUUCUUCAAUGAGGAGGAUCUUCCAUACGAGGAGGAAAUCCUUCGCAAUGCCUACUCGGUUAAGCACUGGAUGCGUUAUGUGGAACACAAACGUAACGCGCCCCGGUUGAUCAUCAAUACCGUGUUCGAGCGGGCACUGAAGGAACUGCCGGGAUCGUACAAGCUGUGGUACAACUAUCUGAAAACACUGCGCAAGCAGGUGAAGGGUAAAUGCAUCACCGACCCGGAGUACGAGGAGGCCAACAAUGCGUUCGAACGAGCACUCGUGUUCAUGCACAAAAUGCCCCGUAUUUGGAUGGACUAUUGUGCGUUCAUGACGUCCCAGUGCAAGAUAACACGCACCCGGCAGGUGUUUGACCGAGCCCUGAGGGCGCUUCCGAUCACACAGCAUCACCGCAUAUGGCCGCUGUACCUGGAGUUUCUAAAACGCUUCGACAUCCCGGAGACGGCGGUGCGCGUGUGGCGUCGCUACUUAAAGCUUUGCCCCGAGGACGCCGAGGAGUACGUCGAGUUUCUGCAAUCGAUAGGCCACCUGGACGAGGCCGCACAACAGCUAGCGAGCAUUGUGGACAACGAAAACUUUGUCUCCAAGCACGGCAAAUCGAACCACCAGCUGUGGAACGAGCUGUGCGAGCUGAUUUCGAAAAAUCCCGAUAAAGUGCGUUCGCUGAAUGUGGAUGGGAUUAUACGUGGCGGGUUGCGACGGUACACCGACCAGCUGGGGCACCUGUGGAACUCACUGGCCGGAUAUUACGUGCGCAGUGGGCUGUUCGAUCGGGCACGCGAUAUCUACGAGGAGGCCAUCCAAACGGUUACCACGGUAAGGGAUUUCAGUCAGGUGUUUGAUGCGUACGCCCAGUUCGAGGAACUGUCGCUCAGCAAAGUGAUGGAGGCGCUCGAGCGAAACACAAACCCCACCGAAGACGAUGAGAUCGACGUGGAGCUGAGGAUGGCCCGGUUCGAGUGUCUCAUGGAACGACGGUUGCUGCUGCUGAACAGUGUGCUGCUUCGACAGAACCCGCACAACGUGGCCGAGUGGCACAAACGGGUCGAGCUUUACGAGGGAAAACCGCACGAAAUCAUCAACACGUACACGGAGGCGGUGCACACGGUGCAGCCGAAACUGGCCGUGGGCAAACUGUACACCCUUUGGGUGGCUUUUGCAAAGUUCUACGAAACCAACAAGCAACUCACCGACGCACGCAUCGUGUUUGAAAAGGCAGUCCAGGUGGACUACCUGAAGGUGGAUGAACUGGCCAGCGUUUGGUGCGAGUGGGCCGAGAUGGAGAUCCGGCAGGAGCAGUACGAGCAAGCGUUGAAGAUCAUGCAGCGUGCGACGGCGAUGCCGAAACGAAAGGUCGCUUACCACGACGACACGGAGACGGUGCAGAUGCGCGUGUACAAGUCGCUCAAGCUGUGGUCCAUGUACGCCGAUCUGGAGGAGAGUUUCGGCACGUUCAAGACCUGCAAGCAGGUGUACGAUCGUAUCAUCGAUUUGAAGAUCUGCACCCCGCAGAUCAUUAUCAACUACGGCAUGUUCCUGGAAGAGCACAACUACUUCGAGGAGGCGUUCAAAGCGUACGAGAAGGGAAUCGCCCUGUUCAAAUGGCCCAACGUGUACGACAUCUGGAACACAUACCUCACCAAGUUCCUGCACCGAUACGGUGGGCAAAAGCUGGAGCGGGCGCGCGAUCUGUUCGAACAGUGCCUGGACGGAUGCCCACCGGAGCUGACGAAAAAUCUCUACCUACUGUACGCGAAGCUGGAGGAGCAGCACGGACUGGCGCGGCAUGCAAUGGCCGUUUACGAGCGCGCCACGACGGCGGUGAAGGAGGAGGAAAUGUACGCCAUGUUUAAUUUGUACAUCAAAAAGGCCGCCGAAAUCUACGGCAUCCCACGGACGCGCCAGAUCUACGAGAAAGCGAUCGAGGUCCUGCCGGAAGCGGACUCGCGCAAAAUGUGCGUCCUGUUUGCCGAAAUGGAAACGAAGCUCGGUGAAAUCGACCGUGCGCGGGCGAUCUACGCCCACUGCAGCCAGAUGUGCGAUCCGCGCGUGACGGCCGAAUUCUGGCAGACGUGGAAAGAGUUUGAAAUCCGCCACGGCAACGAGGACACGAUGCGGGAGAUGCUUCGCAUCAAGCGCUCCAUUCAGGCGACGUACAACACGCAGAUCAACAUGAUGUCGGCGGCACUGAUCAAUGCGGCCGUAACGGCCGGUGAACCACCGAAGGAUGCGAUGCGCGCGCUGGAGGUGAAAGCCGCGGAAACGACCGCCCGGGCCAUUGCGGCUGUCGGUGCGAGCGGUGGUAACAUUAUGUUCGUGCGUGGUGAAACGCAGGGUGGCACGGCGAAGGAUGAUCGUGUCGUUAAUCCGGACGAGAUCGACAUCGACGAUGACGACGAGGAGGAGGAUGAGGAGGAAGAGGAGGAUGGCGAAAAUGCUCAACCAGGAGAGGGGGCGGGUGACGAUGAAGACAUCAGCAAAAAGGUCCCAAUCGAACGGCAGAGCAUUCCCGCGAAGGUGUUUGGAAGUUUGCGUCGAGAAACGGAGGAAGAAUCGAAUGGCAUGAAUGAGUAGAGCGGGAAUAAAACGGGAGCUACGAUAUAAAGUACAUGAAAU